AUUUUGCCGUCGUUGUUUUAACUAUGGUUUUAUUAAGUGUUAUUGCAUUACUUAUGUUUUGUAGGUGAUUGCUUCCAAUUUGUCAAUAUAUAUCGUUGACUUUUAGUAAAAAGUUGUAUGCACCAAACAAUAUCGAAUUAAAAAUAAUAUUAGCCGUAUAGCGAAUGCCAUACCGUGAGACUAAAAAGCUCGUAUAAGUGAAGAAGUUAAAAAGGAAUCGGAGGUAGCAAACAAGAAAAAAGCAGGAAAGAGGAAUUGCAGAAAGAAGUAAAACGAAACGAUUUCUAGUUGUGUUCGUGUAAUAAGGAAAAAUUUUUGCUGCCAAUUUAAAAUUUGUAAAAAUUGUUAAUUUUGUUGUUAAAAAGCGUAAAUACGCUAUAGCAAUAAAAGGAAAAUGUCAACACCCGCACGCAGGCGACUUAUGAGAGAUUUUAAAAGACUUCAAGAAGAUCCACCAACUGGAGUCUCUGGAGCGCCUACAGAUAAUAAUAUAAUGAUUUGGAACGCUGUGAUUUUCGGUCCACAUGACACCCCUUUCGAAGAUGGUACCUUUAAAUUAACAAUAGAAUUUACUGAAGAGUAUCCAAAUAAACCGCCAACGGUUAGAUUCGUAUCGAAAGUAUUUCAUCCGAACGUCUAUGCAGAUGGUGGAAUUUGUUUAGACAUUUUGCAGAACAGAUGGAGUCCCACAUACGACGUUUCAGCUAUCUUGACAUCUAUACAGUCUUUGUUGAGUGAUCCAAAUCCCAAUUCACCAGCUAAUUCCACAGCUGCUCAGCUCUAUAAAGAGAAUCGUCGUGAAUACGAGAAGCGAGUGAAAGCUUGCGUUGAGCAAAGUUUCAUCGACUAGCCAUCAGCCACAGCAGCUAACACACGCAAAUCAACUGCAGAUGCUAGUGAGGUAGAAGCGAAAACUACAACUAGAGCGUCUACCAUGUUUUAUUGAAAAAAAUUCGAAGAAAGAAAUUAAAAUAUUAAAAUUUAAAUUACAUACAUAUAUGCAUAUAUAUUAUGAAUUAAAAAACACUAUAUAUAAAAAAAAAAACAAAAGUCAUACACAUUCGCACAUCCUUUUCAGUCGUGUAAGUUGUGUUGCGGAAAAUUGCAAUAAAAAUAAAUUCAAAGAGAGGGGAGUAACUACACUUAUGGGAACCCGCAAGAAUUGUAGUUACACCAUAAAAAUAUAUUCGAAAAUUUAGCAAUGUAAUUGCUAUUCUUAACUCCUUAAACUCCUUAAUAACCGAUUGGCAUGAAUAUAAGUUGCCGUAAACAAGCCAAUGUUAAAUCGAUACUGCGUUGAAAGGAAACACAUCUUUAUUGUAUGUUAACAAAACCUCUUCGUUGCGCUUCACGUCUUCAUAAAUAUAUAAAAUUUGUAGAUGAAAAUACAUUAAUAAAUAAAAAUCAAUUACAUCAAUAUGUGUAUGGACCUUAAUGCAAAUUAUCUUCAGUGUAACUUUUAAUGGGAUAUUUGGAAUUUUAAGCCAUUGAAAUUACCUUACCGAGCGUGGUUAAAUUUCGACAAAAACAAUUCAUUGCAUUUAAAUCAAUUGGACAAAAUACUUCUUCAGAAUAUUUUUUAUUUAAAAUUUCAAUAAAAAGAAACCGUGCCGCCUAUUUGGCUGCUUAUUUAGAGACGCCAGCAACUGUAAAGCCUUCCUCACUUCCUCUAUGCCAUUGUUACAACCAACAUUGAAUGGGUGCUUAGAAGUUUGUUUACUUUUAUUUUGAAAAAAAAAAAAAAAAAAAUUCUUCAAUUAACUCGCCAGGCAGUUUACCAGAAUUAUAAAUAUUACUAACAUUAAAACACCAGUGUGUAUAUUCUUAAGAAGAAAAUGUAAUUUACCCUGCAUACAUUGUAUUUGUGUUAAAAAAAAAAGUAUUCGAAAGAGGCAAAAUUGAAUUGAUGUUUGCAAUAAAUUUGUUAAUGCUUUAUUGAAUUCACUAUAAACUA